CAUAAACACUAAAACAACGGCAAUUGACCAUAACAUGGACUCCGGGAGAGUCGUCGACGUUUUUAAAAUCUUACGCUACAUGCUGACAGCUUUUCCUUUUUGUGUAUAAUCAAAUUAGAGCCGCAGUUUUGUAAUUAUAUAAUGAAAGAUUGCUCCGAGGAAUGGUUUAACAUGAUAGUCUGCAGCGACUGACGACUGCGCAUCUGGAUUUGGCUGAGAGGCUACCACUCGCUAGCUAACAGGCUAGCAGAGCACCAGCCCCAGUAACUGUUCUCUGCAGUAAAUUACAUUGGAUAGCUGCUAGCUAGUUUAGCUAGUCAGUUUUCAACCCCUGGCAAAAAGAUAAGUUGGCUCAUGCGGUGCUAACUUUAAAAGGUCCACCGAAAAUGUAAAUUACCAUGUGGCCAAAGAGACGGGAAUUGGCAGUGCCAGUGAUGGCCUCCCCCCUCCCUGUCUCCAUCAUCAUCCUGGUGGUUCUAUCAGCCAAGCUGCCUGUGUCCCAGGGAGGGGACUGCAAGGGCCACAGACAGGUAUUGAGGGGGCCGCCAGGUUAUGUGACAGAUGGAGCAGGAAACUACUCUGUCAAUGGGAACUGUGAAUGGCUUAUCAAAGCUCCCAGCAACAGUCACCGCAUCGUCUUGAAUUUUACCUUUAUGGACACAGAGUGUACGUAUGAUUACCUGUUUGUGUAUGAUGGUGACUCCUACCAGAGCCCUUUGCUGGCCAGCGUGAGUGGCAACACUUUGCCUCAACCCAUUGAAGCCAAAUCUGGCAAGAUGCUUCUUCAUCUCUUUAGUGACGCUAACUACAACCUCCUGGGCUUUAACGCAACCUACACCUUCUCUUUGUGCCCUGGAGCCUGCGGUGGGCACGGUCGCUGUGAUUCCUCUACAUCAAAGUGCCACUGUCAUCAGGGUUGGGGAGGAGCAUCUUGUACAACUCCUUUGUGUUCCCAGUCUUGUUCUGUCAAUGGCCAGUGUGACAAGAAAGGAGAACGUUGUCAAUGCAACCCAGGAUUCCUUGGGCAAAGCUGCCAACUUGGUCUCCGUGACGAUACUGGGGCAGGGCAGUGGUGGCAUGUGAGUGAGGGAAACCCUUACACACCUCAGAGGACAGGCUCUGCUGGCGUGUACCUGUCUUCAACUGGAGCCAUGUACUUGUUUGGCGGAUUUGAUCUGAACAGAGCACUUGGGGACUUGAUCAAAUACAACUUCACAUCCAAUCAAUGGGAAAGCAGGUCUUAUGGUCACUCUCCUGUGGCUCGUCACUCUCACACAGCAGUAGAGUAUAUAGGAAACAUGGUUAUCUUUGGAGGAGAACUUGCCAAUGGCUCUCUCACCAGUGAUGUUUGGAUGUAUCGGCCACUCGAUGAUGACUGGCAGCAGCUUGGCUUCUCCAGUUCACGUGGUGCCCCUAAACUGGCUAAUCAUGCUGCAGCUGUAGUAGAUAGCUUUAUGUAUGUAUUUGGAGGUCGCACUGAGGAGGAUAUGUUUUCUUCAUCUCUGCAUCGGUUUGGCUUGCAUGGCUCUGGAAGGUGGGAGACAGUUCAGCCCACUGGUGGAAAACCCCCUGCCACCGCUGGCCAUUCCAUGGUGUUCCACAGCCCAUCCAGGACUUUGUUGGUCUAUGGAGGCCACAGGCCCACCACUGCCAGGUUUAGUGUGCGAGUGAACCACACGGACAUGUUCCACGUGGACAGGCGGUUUUGGACAUCCUUGCGUUCCCGUUUCCAGGCAACCGGCCCCAGAGAGAGAGCUUUCCACACUGCUACUGUCAUUGGAAAUUACAUGGUGGUCUAUGGAGGAAAUGUACAUAUUCACUACCAAGAGGAAAAGUGCUAUGAUGAAGAAAUCUUCUUUUAUCAUUUGGGCUGUCACCAGUGGGUGUCUUCUGGAGAGAGAUGGUCAUCCAAUGGUGAUGCUGUGAGAGGGCGGUACUCGCAUGUUGCUGCUGUGAUGGAGGGACGUGUACUGCUGGUUGCCGGUGGUUACAGCGGUGUUGCCCGUGGAGACCUUGUGGCUUACAAAGUGCCUCUGUUUGUUAGUAGUGAUCAAGGUGAUAGGGAUGCAGUUUGUGCUGAAGCACUAGAUGAAAGUAUGUGUCUUAAAAACCCAGAGUGCAGCUGGUGUGAAGGCCGCUGCAGAGAGUACCAGCCAACCAAUCCGUGUGGCAGCACCGGUUGCCUGGGCCUGGCUCGCUUCCUGUCCGACUGCCAGUCUUGUCUUGUGUUCAGUGGCACUCCAGCAUCUUUAGCCCGAGCCCCUGGUGAAUUUGGCUGGUGUGUUCAGAAUGAGUCCUGCCUUCCAGUUUCAGAGCGAAGUGCGUGCCGUGUGGACCAGAUCUCAGGGGCGUACGGCUGGUGGGGGGAGCGUACCCUUUUCCUAACCUCCCUCCACUUCUGUCGCACCGAGAACUAUGUCCCGGGACUGCACCUGCUCACCUUCCAGCAUCCCCGCAACGACUCCCAACCUGACAAGGUGUCUAUCCUCCGCAGUACCAACAUCAUUCUUAACCCUACCACAGAAAUGGAUGUAGCACUACAGUUCAGAGGUUUUAUCCACCCAUUGUGGGGUGGGCCUCCACCUGCACCCCCUCCUACAGAGACUGUCUCCAUGUGGGCUCGCAUCCAAAGGCUGCACUUUGAGGCUCGAAUGGCAUCAGGGCCCAACUCAAGCCAACUGGAGGUGGUGGGUCGCUGGGCAGCUCAGCAAGAAAAGGAGUUGAAGGUGCUGGUUCGGCCAGAUGGGAGUAAACUGUUCUCGAACCUGACCCGGGGCAACCAUUACCUUUUUCAAGCUGAAGGGUACCUUAACAACUCAGGUUCAGGACAGACCAGUGAAAUGGCCCUGAUAUGGAACAGAACAUUACCAGGAGGGAGUGAGAUCUCUUUCCUGUUCUUAGAACCAUACCGCUCUGGUUCCUGCUCAGGGUACACAUCGUGUCUGGCUUGUCUGUCUGACCAGUCUUGUGGCUGGUGUCCGUCUCUGUCCCGCUGCCUUCUGCGAGACAGCACAAACCUUGAACACUGUCCUGAGGCAGAAAAGGUUGAAGGCAAAGGAGAAGGUUAUCGCCAUCUGCUGUUGGCACCACAGCACUGCACCCUGUGUGAAGAAUACAGAGAUUGCUCAGCUUGUACUCAGGACCCUUAUUGUGAGUGGCAGAUAAACUCCAGCAAGAAGGGUGACUAUCAGUGCAGUCGGCGGGGAAGACUAGAAGGAUCCAUACGUGACCCAAGGGGGUGUCCUAAAGUCUGCAACCAGAGGAAGACGUGUGGUGAGUGCCUCUCUAACUCCAGCCAGUGUGCAUGGUGUGAGUCAGCCCAGGCCUGCUUCUAUUUUGCUGCCUACCUCACAAAAUACCCCUAUGGAGAGUGCAGGGACUGGUAUGACAGUGUUCAUUCAGUACCCCAGUGUAAGCAGUGUUCAUCUUUAAACACAUGCACGGACUGCCUGAGAACAUUCCAGUGUGGAUGGUGUGGGGACUAUAACAAUCCCACAAUUGGAAAAUGUUUGAGAGGAGACUGGGCAGGAAUGGACGAUCUAUCAGUGUAUAACUGCAGUGUGGCUGUGGCUGAAGCAAGGGCUGCAAACCCUGAGCCUCAGACCUCAGCCCCACCGAGACCCCUGGAAAUGGAGAUGGAGUUGGAGCACUUAGACAACGAGGAUGACGACGCUGUCUGGUCCUACCCCACUUGCCCUGAUGUCGAAGAAUGCAGGCUAGGUCUCCACAACUGUCACCCUUUUGCAACCUGCAUCAACACUCCAACCUCUUACGAGUGCCACUGUGAGAGAGGAUACACCGGGGAUGGCACGCUGCACUGCAACCAAACAUGUUACAAUGAGUGUCGUGAGGGUCGAUGUAGUGGCAGUCCACGGUUUGAGUGUGAAUGUUCCCUGGGUUGGACAUCGGAUCCUGCUACUCUGGUUCUAAGUGGUGUUGAAUGUGACGUAGACUGCGGCUGCAACUUCCACUCCACCUGUAUUACCGCUCCAGGGAUCUGUGACGAAUGUCAGGAUUGGACCACAGGGCCUCACUGUGAGCACUGCCGUCCAGGUAGCUUUGGUUCCGCCCUGGCUGGUGACAGCGGCUGUGUGCCUUGUGAGUGUAACGGACAUGGCGACCCUCUUCAAGGAUAUUGUGACAACCAGACAGGCCAGUGCCACUGCACUCACAACACUCAAGGAUCACACUGUGAGUCCUGCCUACCUGGUUACUAUGGAGACCCCAGAAACAACGGUACAUGCUACCGCCAGUGCCAGGGCCGCUCUGUCCUGCUCUCCUCCUCCACCUCCUCCUCUGCCAUGCCCUUAUCGUCAUCUUUGGGAUGGCGGAGUGGCACAGAAGGGAAAGGGGGGCUUUCACAUUGCCUGUGGGUUCUGUCUGUCACGGAGAACCUGGCACCUUGUCUGCCCAGACAGCUCUGUCCCCCUGUAGCCCUCACUCUACACCCAGACUCUCACACAUACUGCAAAAGCUCGUAUGUCUAUGUGUUUGAUGGCCUUCCUCGUUUUCUGGGCAGUGGUGUGGUACAUUCUGAUCACAACCUGAUUGGAGCAUUUUGUGGCACCACAAGGACUCAGCCUAUUACAGUGGAGGCCACUUCGGGUGUGAUCUCGGUGUAUUUUGAAGCCAACGUGUCAUCAAACAAGCCCCAAGGCUUCAAUGCAUCUUUCUGGAUUCGACGCUGUCUCCAGAACUCGGAUGAGAGUGAAGAGGGAUCAUCUGCAUGUACAGGUGGAGCCCAGUGCCAGGGUGGGCUUUGCCAGUGUCCUCCGGGAUAUGGGGGACCACAGUGUGACCGGCCCGUGUGUCCUCAGGAUUGUGGAGUUGCAGAAAGAAGAGGAAUUUGUAAUGUAUCUCUGGGAGUGUGUAUAUGCUCAGAAAGUUGGACUGGAACAAACUGCUCACUUCCUCGGGAUCCCAACAGCUUAAUCUGGGAAACACUGCUGGAUACACAACUUACAAUGAACCAGGCUCACAGGUUCCUUCAAAGGAUGGGACAUUCAUUGGUGUCUGGACCACAAGGUAACCUCUGGAUGUAUGGAGGACUCUCUCUGACAGAGGGCAUUCUUGGGAAUGUGUACAGAUAUUCUGUAUUGGAGCAUCGUUGGACCCAAAUGUUAACAAGUUCUGAGGAUGAAGGCUUGACCCCUAGCGCUCGUUAUCACCAUGCCUCUGCACUGCUGACAAGUUAUGAGUUUGGCACUGGAAACCUCGGAGCAAAUCACAACUUUAUGUUGGUGGUUGGUGGUGUCACUCAAGAUGGUGUAGCCAUGGACACCUGGAGUCUCAACCUUAGUAGCUUGGUCUGGAGAGAACAUAAGAGCUCAGUGCUGCCUCCAGUGGCAGGUCACACCUUAACAGUACGACGGGGCUCCUCUGUACUACUGAUCGGAGGUUACUCUCCAGAAAACGGUUUCAACCACCAUCUUCUAGAGUUCAGCCCUCAUACUGGAAACUGGACCAUUGCCCCCCACACUGGCACACCACCUACAGGUUUAUAUGGCCACUCGGCAGUCUACCAUGAGCAGACUGAUGCCAUCUAUGUCUUUGGAGGCUACCGCUUUCAUGUGGAAACUGUGGAGCCAUCAGGCGAGCUUUACAGCUUGUAUUACCCCAACCUUACCUGGUCUCUGCUGGUUCCCUCACAGGGUAGUAAGCCCCUGUCCCGUUUCUUCCAUGCUGCUGCUUUGAUCAAAGACACCAUGGUCAUUGUGGGUGGAAGAACAGAAGCAGAAGACUAUAGCAACUCUGUGUCUUUGUACCAGAUCAACUGUAACACCUGGAUUCAACCAAUCUCUGUCAUAGGAGAUCCAGUAAAUCGCUCAGUGUCUCUGGCCAUGACGAGCUGGGACGAUCGCCUUUUCCUGUCAGGUGGCUUCAAUGGGGUCACAUUGGGCAGACUACUAACUCUGUCUGUACCGUCAGACCCCUGCUCCCUUCUGCCCACACCAGAGGCCUGUAACACCACAACAGGCAGCUGCAUCUGGUGCAGGGGAGCAUGUGCUUCUUCUGAUACUGCUGAGAGAAUGGGCUGCUUCUCUGGACAGUCCCCCUGUUCUCCAACACCUCGUCAACCUGACCAGUGCCGCAGACUCAAGACCUGCAGCGAAUGUCUUGCCCGACAUCCAAAAACCUUUUCCAGUCUAUCUCAGCCUGCUUUACAGUGUAAGUGGUGCACAAACUGUCCAGAAGGGGCUUGUAUCAGCAGCUCUGUCAGCUGCACAUCUGAACAUGAUUGUCGGAUCAACCAAAGAGAAAUUUUCCUGUCCAGCAACUGCACUGAGACAAGCUGUGAGGCUUCUGAUUGCCCCAAGUGUACUGCUUCUGGAAAAUGCAUGUGGACUCGCCAGUUCAAACGCACAGGCGAGACAAGACGCAUCCUGAGUGUGAACCCCACUUACGACUGGACGUGUUUCAGCUAUGCUCUGCUCAACGUCUCACCUAUGCAGGUGGAGUCUUCUCCCCCUCUGCCAUGCCCUCUACCCUGCCACACUCUCCACAACUGCAGUGUCUGUCUGGGCUCCAGAGGCUCUGAUGGGGGAUGGCAGCACUGUGUCUGGAGUAUGGCUUUGCAGCAAUGUAUGAGCCCAUCGUUUGUACCCCUUCGUUGUGAAGCAGGCCAGUGUGGUCGAUUACUCUCUGGGGGUGACUCUUGCUCUCCCCAGUGCUCCCAGCUUACCCAGUGCUCCCAGUGCAUUGCCAGGCCUCAGUGUGGUUGGUGUGCUGCUCGAGAGGGUAAUGGGGCUGGGCGCUGCUUGCAAGGAGGACUAGAUGGUGUGAGUGAGAGUGUUUGUCCCCUAAGAAACAGCAGCUGGUCUUUCCUCCACUGUCCAGAGGAAGAUGAAUGUGCCAACGGCCAUCACCACUGCAACAGCACUCAAGACUGCCAUGACCGACCUGAGGGAUACCAUUGCACCUGCAAACACGGUUACAUACUCAGCAGUGAUUCUGGUCAGUGUGAGCCAGUGUGUGCCCAGGGCUGUGUGAACGGGACAUGUGUAUCCCCAGGAGUUUGCCAGUGUCACUUUGGCUUUGUAGGAAAUAACUGCUCCUCUCAGUGCAGCUGCAACAAACACAGCAACUGUGCUGGUGUCAACAAACCAGAUGUUUGUCUUGAAUGCCACAAUAACACCAUAGGUAAGCAUUGUGAGAAGUGUAGGCCUCUGUUUGUGGGCUCUGCAAAGGGAGGUGGAACUUGUCGUCCAUGUCGAGAAUUUUGUAAGGGAAACAGUGCUGUGUGCCUGUCAAGGGAUGAGCAUAAGAAGGCACUUGAAAACCCUCGGCUUUUCCCUCUGGACCCCAGUGGUAUUCAGAACUGGGUGUCUGAGGGUCCCACAGAGGACAAUGCUGUGUGUGUGAAUUGCCAAAAUAACAGCGUUGGGGACAAGUGUGAGAGCUGCCUUAGUGGCUAUUUCUUACUGCAGGGAAAGUGUGAGAAAUGUCAGUGUAAUGGCCAUGCAGACACAUGUAACGAACACGAUGGUACAGGUUGCCCCUGUCAAAACAACACAGAGACCUCCUCCUGCCUCAGCAGCCCCCAGAACGACAGGAAAGACUGCUACAGACAACAAUGUGCCAAGUGCAAAGACUCCUUUAAUGGCACCCCAGUGAAUGGACGUCAGUGUUAUCGUCAGUUUAAUGUGGACACAGAGUGCUGCUUUGAUCCCACUUCCCAAACAAACUGCUUCCAUGAUCCCACCAUUCGUAACCUGCCCAGAGGUCGCACUGUGUUUUUUGCUGCUCAGCCAAAGUUCACAAAUGUGGACAUUCGAGUCACUAUUGACGUAACCUUCGGUGAAGUCGAGGUGUACGUGUCCAACUCAUCUGAUACCUUUAUAGUGGAUGUGGACCGAUACACAGGGAUUCACACCAUUAAGAUCGAGGAUGAAUCUAUGACUCGUGGGACAACUACAGGUCUAGAUAAAGAUUCUCCUCCAUCCCCUAUAAAAGUGUUUGCAAAUACUUCGUCCAGCCUGGGAGGUCCUGUGCUCUCUAACAGCCCGUUGCAGCUGCAAGCCAAAGCCCCAGUGACAGAAAAAGAAAUUAGAGAGGAGCGUGCUGAAGGACUCAUAACCUACAUAACUGUGCGGAAACCACAAACGGUGUUAAUUGUCCGAAGAGUUCGAGACCGCGUGGUCAUCACUUUCCCUCAUGAAGUGCACUCUCUGAAAUCCAGCCGUUUCUACAUCGCUCUCAGAGGCGUGGGAACUGAUGAAAAACAGGGAGAGUCCCAAGGCCUGCUGUUUCUGCGACAGGACCAAGCCCAUAUAGAUCUCUUUGUCUUUUUCUCUGUUUUCUUCUCCUGCUUUUUCCUUUUCCUGUCUGUCUGCGUCCUUCUGUGGAAAGUUAAACAGUUCUUGGACUUCCGUCGGGAGCAGCGCCGCCACAUCCAGGAGAUGACCAAAAUGGCAUCCAGACCCUUUGCUAAACUCACCAUAUACCUUGAACCAGAGGAGCCUCAACUAAUCUAUCUACCUUCUACUGGAGGAGGGGUGGGGGGCAGCACUGUAUCACUUGCUCAUGCCCGCACAGGCAAGUUAGGUGGAGUGGUGGUGGGCCAGAGGGGCAGAGCAGGACCUGUCUCCUAUAAACAUGACACAGGGUCUGGAACCACAGCCCACCACCAUCAUCACCUCACCCUGGGAGGAGGCAACAGCGGACAGCACCUACCGCUACACUACUUGAACGCCCAUCACUAUGCCAGUACUACAGCUGGCUCCCAAGCCUCACAUCAUCACCAUCCAUCCACAUAUAGUGGCUACCAGCACUUUUGUCGCUCUGACCCUUUCCUCUCUCAGCUCAUGGGUUUUUCCUAUUCCUCCUUCAAGGUGGGACCCAUCACCUUAGAGCCCACAGAUGAUGGCAUGGCUGGGGUGGCCACUGUGUUGUUUCAGCUGCCUGGGGGGGUUUUGGCUCCAAAUCGUGCCUGUCUGGGCUCUGCCCUGGUUACAUUGCGCCAGAACCUGCAGGAAUACUGUGGCCAUGGCAGCGGAGGGGGCCAUCCAGGGGCAGGUGCAGGGCGCAAGGGGCUGCUAGGGCAUCAACACCUGACCACCAUGGCUAUGUAGAGAAGCAGGUAACAGAUCAAAAAAGAUAAGAGAAAUAAAAUAAGUCUGUAAGGUGUUUGGAAUAUAAUAAAUAUUUUUUUGAAAGAAACACGGCUGCAAGGUAAAGCCCAAAAAAAAUAGUUACUGUACGGUAUUCAGUAAUCUUGAACAUAUUGAACAGAGAUGUACAUACACUGUAUAUUGAAAUAAUAGUCUUUUACUGUAUGUUGUAUUGCUAUACUGUAUUUGAGUGCUUCACACGACCAAGUCAGCUGUCUCUAGAAUGCACUGCAACUGCUAUACAUAUAAAAAAAAUGUCACAUAGUGUCUGUGAUCACUAAAAAGGUAUGAAAACACUAGACUUAAGUUUGACUCAUCAGAAUUUGUCUUAUUGACAGAGAAUGGUGUAAAAGCAGAAAAAAAAAUAAUAAAACUGCGCGCUUUUGAACCAACAUGUGCUUUAUACCCCAUAAAGUGACAAUCAAAAAUGCUCUUGAAGAUUAUGAAUAUAAAUUGGUUCAAAAUAAUCUAAGAUUGUGAUUGUCAGCCUGGUGCAUUAAAAAUUCAUUAUUGUGACAUGGUUUUUAUAUCAGUCAAUAUUAGUGAUUUGUAAUUGUAAUCUAAUAUAUGGCAGGCUUGUAAGCUACAUGUUUCUGUUAAACAAGCUGCUCCGUAUGUUUUGGCAUUUUAAUUUACCUAGUCUGUUACUUAUUUUGUCUUAUCUGCCUUCACUUUUUGCCUUGUCCGAGUCAGCUGGCUUACAAGUAAUACUGAUGUUGGAAAUGUGCAUACUUCAGCUUCUGGAGGAUGUAAAAAUACAGUUUGCAUUAUGUUGUUUGAAUUGAUUUGUAAAGGAAAUGAUGAAGGAUAAGGUUUCAGAAUUUGUCUUUAGUUUUUCGUCCAUAGAAACAAAGAAAUGCCAUGUGCUUUUUAAUUGUUUCAUUGCAUUUUGUUCUUAUGACAUCUGUCUUUGAUGAUUUGGCAACUUUCCUGCUUGGAUGAUUGUAUUUGCCGAUCAUAACUACAAUCUGACUAAAGUAAAAUGUAUUGAAAAGUAAAAAUAAAUGUUACCCUCUUGGAAAUACAAUUAUACUGAAAAGAGUUAAAUGAGAAAGUUCUCCUGGUGAGAAAUUUCUUUAGAUUUUAAAGCAUUUUUGGACUGAAUCACUUGUUCACUUUUGCAUUGUUAGUAUUUUUUUCUUUGUUUUUCGUUUUGCACUGCAUGGAGCCAAUGUGCCCUGUUAUUCGUAUGAAAUUGGGAGUGAUGUCCAGCCUUAGGAGGGCGGGUGAUCUCAGAAAGGUGCUGCUUGUUUAUUAGUUGAAACUACAGAUUCUGUUUUCAUGAACUGCAAAAUAGUUUAACACCGCAGCUCAAAUAAAUAUUGUUACUAUAUUAAGCCGCCCUUCACAAGCAAUCAUUAAGACUUUCUUGUCUUGUAUCUUUGUGUUUUUGUGUUUGUUUUUUUACAUGCUCAAUUUUUGUACAUAACUUGUGUUUUUCUUGUUUUCAAAGAAGGGAACAGUAUUAACAGUGUUGUACAAAAGAAUGCGAGGAGAUUUGAUGUCUUGAGCCAGCUGAAAUAAAGUCUGGAACAUGA